AUGGAGUUCAUGACAAGUAACAGUGAAAGGGGAGUGCGCCAUCAAGUGGCCAGUCCAGGGCACAACAACCAGACACUCGAGUACUAUGUGACGAUGGUGAAGUGGGCCACAAGCACGAAACUGGCUGUAAACUGGUUGAACCGAGCCCAGAAUAUCUCCAUCCUGACCCUCUGUGUGGCCACAACGGGUGUCUGCACCAAGAAACAUGAGGAUGAAAGUGAGGGGUGGCUGCACAGACAGGAUGAAGAGCCGCUGUUCUCUAAAGACGGUCUGAGGCUGUUCUUCACCAGAGCAAUCCCACAGGGAGGAAGAGGGAAGUUCUUCCACAUCUCCAUGUCCAUCUCACAGCCCAACAGCAGCACAGAUACUCUGCAGUCCAUCACAUCAGGAGACUGGGACGUCACGCAGGUUCUUGCGUAUGAUGAGGACAGCCAGUUAAUAUAUUUCCUCAGCACUGAGGAUGACCCUAAAAGAAGACAUCUCUACAGCGCAGACACGGUGGGCACCUUCAACCGCCGCUGUCUGUCCUGUGAUUUCACUGACAGCUGCGGGUACGUCAGUGGCUUCUUCAGUCCCAGCAUGGACUAUUUUCUGCUCAGUUGUAAAGGUCCUGAUGUUCCAUAUGUGACGGUUUACAGCACCCAUGACAGACAGAAGGUGCGUGACAUCGAGUUGAAUCUGAACUUGAGGAGAACGGUGAACUCCAUGCAGAUGCCGAAAGUGGAAUACAGAGAGAUAAACAUAGAGGAUUACAGCCUCAGCAUGCAGAUACUAAAACCUGCAGGCUUCAUAGACACCUUACACUACCCACUUCUGCUCCUUGUAGAUGGGACUCCAGGCAGUCAGUCGGUCUCAGAGCAGUUCCACAUUGACUGGACGUCAGUGCUGGUCAGCAGUUUUGGGGUGAUUGCAGUGCACUUUGACGGUCGUGGAAGUGGCUUCCAGGGGACUAACUUACUCCAUAAGGUGCAGCGCAGGCUGGGAAUGUUCGAGGAGAAAGACCAGCUGGAUGCCCUCAGUAUUUUGAUGCAGGAGCCAUAUAUUGACAAGACCAGAAUUGGAGCUUUUGGGCAGGUGUAUGGAGGUUACGUCACCAGCCUUCUGCUCAGCUCUGAGGACUCCAUGCUCAAGUGUGCUGCAGUGCUCUCACCCAUCACAGACUUUGCACUAUAUGCUUCAGCUUUCUCAGAGAGAUAUCUAGGCCCUCCCAAGCCAGAUCGGAGGGCAUACGAGAUGGCCAACCUUGCAUACAGAGCGUCUCAGUUCAUCGAUAAGAAGUUUUUAAUCAUUCAUCCAACAGCAGAUGAACAAGUUCAUUUUCAGCACACAGCCAAAUUCAUCUCCAGGCUAAUCAGCGAGAGAGCAAAUUACACUCUGCAGAUCUACCCAGACGAAGGACACUUCAUUCACAACAAGGGAACGCGGCAGCACCUCAGUCAAUCGCUGGUCAACUUCUUCGAGGAGUGUUUCCGGCUCCCGGACCGAGUGUUCGAGGAGGCGCUAGAGGAGGAGAGCGAAGAGGAGGGUUAGUCCACCCGUUCCAUGAAGUCCAAGCACAAAGCCAGCUCCUUUUGCCACCUGAUAUGCAACCCAUAGAUUUGAACCCUCCAGUUUUCAGUUCCCUUCCGGUGUCGCAUGCUGACUCUGAGACCGCCCUGCCUCGUGUUCCUGCCUCGGCUCCCCUUCAGGUGCUCCUCACUAUCCAUCAACCCUCGACAGACCGCGGCCGUGCAGCGCGGCGUGGCAUCUGGCUGGCACCACAUCGUCUCGCUCUCCCCUGCAGGCCAGUUAGGAGCUUCUGAAGGAGUCUCUGGUCUGUCCAUCUCACGUUGACGAAUGAGACGCUGCGAUAUUAACUGACCGCCAAGCGCGAUGGCCUUUGAAUCCCUAAGAGCUGUGAGACUCGCAGCUAGACUGAGGGGUCAUUCGGUGUUUGAUUCAAAUAGGUAUCUGGUGUUUUGGGCAAAGGGGUUGUUGUCGGGAGAACGUGUCAUUUGUGGUUCAAAAGGUCUUCUCAUGUCCAAUUGUGCUCGUGUCUGGUGUUGCAAUGUAAAGUCGCACAUGAAAACCAUUCACUUGGAUAUUGAUAAAACUAGUUUUCAGUGUUCAAGCGUGUCCGAGUCUUGGAAAUCUUGUAGCCUCAAGUGUGUAUUUAGAUGGUGUUUAUUCAUUGCAGAAACUUCAUCAAGCAGCAGGGGAGCAAAAACGAUUCGCAUUAUUCUCGCAGACCAUGACAGUUGUACAAGACUGUUGAUCCCACUUCUCAACAUGCGUUUCCUUGAAGUGAUGGUCUGUCAGUGCUGAAGAAAGCACUCUAUGUUGAUUUAGUCACUGUGCCUUAUUACGGGAGCGAACAAUCGUUUUCGAGGAGCCUCUUUGUGAAUAUAAUCACUCAUUCAAGGCUUACGUUGGAUUGACUAAAAUCCUGUAUCUAAAACGCUCUUGUUACAUUGUCGAUGACAUCACGGUAUACAUUAUUGACUGUAAUAGCAUUGCGAAAACACUGUUAUUUUCGUUUGCACGCGUGUGAGCCAGUGUUGUUUUAGCAUCAACAAAAACAAACUCGCUCGCAUUCUGCUAAUAGCGGUUUUCCAUCCACUUUAAGGAUCGGGUAAUGGAGCAUGAAAUUAAAAUGUAUGAUUUCAACAUUACCUCAGUAUUAAACUAAAGCCCCUCUGAGGCUUUACAGACACUUUGUAGAACAUUUGUUAAUUCAUGCCCAAAACAAAUCUGUACAUAAAAAGUAUAUUAAGUAGGGUAGGAAACACUUCUGUGUUAAAGGGAUAGUUGACACAAAAACAACAAUUCUGACAUUGAAUCAGCCCUUGUGGCGUUCCAAACCUGUGUGACCGACUUUCUUUUGGAGAAGAGACGUUUAGCAGAAUGCUGAUGCUGUUCUUUCAAUACAAAGAACGUCAAUGGAGUCAUUGAAUGGAAACAAGUCUUCAGUGUUUCAUAGAAGAAAGUACAGUAGGUUUUCCAGGUUUGCAGUGAGGUUGAGUAUAUGUUGGCAGAAUACGGUCCCUUUAACGCUCAUGAAAUACAGGACUGUGUAAAUGUUUAACAUUACAGUGGUGGAAUUUUCAUUAUUUAAGUCACAUAUGCUAUGUUUGUAUGUUUUGCACAGUGCUGUAUAUGAAGUUAUUGGUUGUAACUUUUGCCUAUAAAAGCUCUCGAGGAUGAACUUUUAUUUAGUUUGAUUGAAAUGUUCAUGUUUGAUCUCGAUGCAUUCAUAGUGCAUGUCGAAAAACCAUUUGCAACUCAAAAGGUAUUUUUUAAAAACCGUCAAAUAUCUGCAUAGUAUCUUUGACGGCUUGAAUGUUCCGACCUGCAUUUCAUUACCGGUAGUUUUGUGAGUGAGAUCUCAGUCUUGUCUGCUUGAUGUAUAAAUGUUACUCAAAUCUCAUUUAAGUCUCUGAAUAUGUGAGUGUUUAUUGUACAUAAAGCGUUUGAAGGUAUUUUGUUCUCCCAUGUCGAGCAGAGCCCCGGAAGUCAUGGUUACUACGAAAUCACAUGGGACCAAGAGAAUGAUGGGAUUGCUGUUUACUGGC